ACUCAGUGCGUAUAAGGGACUAAGGGCAAAUCUCUCAGCGCUCGUGCAUUAAACAUCCCGCACUGGGUAUUGGCCCGUGUUCUGCAGCAAGAUAGCGCCAUGGAGCUAAAGGGAGAUGUUAAUGUGCUGUUGUGGACGGCUGUUAUCGUGGUGCUGUUGACCCUGCUGGUCUUUUCCGCUUUGCCCGUCCUGCUGGACUACGUGCGUAAAUGCAAAGUUAUGAGACUGAUUCCGGGUCCCGGACCCAACUACCCGCUCGUGGGGGACGCGCUGCUCCUAAAGAGCGAUGCAAGAGAAUUCUUUCUCCAAAUGUGUGAAUUCGCAGAGGACUUUAGAUCAGAACCACUUCUAAAACUUUGGAUUGGGCCAAUUCCUUUUUUAAUAGUCUACCAUGCAGACACUCUAGAGCCAUUUCUGAGCACAUCCAAACAUAUGGACAAGGCCUACCUCUAUAAAUUUCUUCACCCUUGGCUUGGUAAAGGACUGCUAACAAGUACAGGGGAAAAGUGGCGUAUAAGAAGAAAGAUGAUAACGCCAACCUUUCAUUUUGCAAUUCUCUCUGAGUUUUUGGAAGUCAUGAAUGAGCAAUCCAAUGUAUUAGUUGAGAAGCUCCAGAAGCAUGCUGAUGGGGAGUCUUUUGAUUGCUUUAUAGAUGUGACACUUUGUGUAUUGGACAUCAUAUCAGAAACAGCCAUGGGGAGGAAAAUAGAAGCACAGAGCAAUAAAGAUUCUGAAUAUGUUCAAGCAAUAUACAAGAUGGCUGAUUUCAUUCAGAACAGACAGACAAAGCCAUGGUUGUGGAGUGACUCUUUAUAUGCAUACUUGAAAGAAGGAAAAGAGCACAAUAAAACCCUAAACAUUCUCCACACCUUCACUGAUAAGGCGAUUCUAGAAAGAGCUGAAGAGCUUAAGAAAAUGGAAGUAAAAAAAGGUGAUAGUGAUCCUGAGUCAGAAAAGCCCAAGAAAAGAAGUGCAUUUCUAGAUAUGCUUCUGAUGGCAACAGAUGAUGCCGGCAAUAAAAUGAGCUACAAGGAUAUCCGUGAGGAAGUUGAUACCUUCAUGUUUGAGGGUCAUGAUACAACAGCAUCAGCCCUAAAUUGGACAUUGUUUUUACUGGGCUCACACCCAGAGGCGCAGAGACAAGUUCAUAAAGAGCUGGAUGAAGUUUUUGGUAAAUCUGACCGUCCUGUCACAAUGGAUGAUCUAAAGAAGUUGCGUUAUCUUGAAGCCGUAAUUAAAGAAUCACUUCGAAUAUUCCCCCCUGUCCCGAUGUUUGGUCGAACCGUUACAGAGGACUGCACUGUCCGAGGAUUUAAAGUGCCUAAAGGAGUAAAUAUCAUUGUUAUUACUUACUCAUUGCAUCGUGAUCCAGAAUAUUUCCCUGAACCAGAAGAAUUCAGACCAGAGAGGUUCUUUCCUGAAAAUGCUAGUGGGCGUAAUCCUUAUGCCUAUAUUCCUUUUUCUGCUGGACUCAGAAACUGCAUUGGUCAGCGUUUUGCUCUGAUGGAAGAAAAGGUUGUCUUAUCCUCCAUACUUAGGAAAUACUGGGUAGAGGCAACUCAGAAACGUGACGAAUGUCUCCUUGUAGGAGAGCUCAUUCUCCGCCCCCAGGAUGGCAUGUGGAUUAAGCUGAAGAACAGAGAAACUGCCUCCAGUGCCUGAAACACACAAAUAUUUUAUUCUUAAUUCUGGGGAGGCAACUAAUAUUGUUUAUUACCCAUAAUUGCUGGUUAUUUAAUUCUAUGUUAACACAUAUAUCACAGUAUAUCACCAAAUAUAGCAUGGUUAUCAUAUACAGAAUGUAAAAGCUCCUUAAAAUAUAACAUUGCAAGUAUCUUACUCUAAAUAGCAAUACAUAUUUG